GACGAUACCACACCUGCCUAAGCCAGAAGCUAAGGCAAAACACCCUUUGUUUCACCUUAGCGGCUCGCUUCGAGCCUUAGAAACGCUUCUCCUACAAACGCUCCGCGCCUGCUCGGCCACACCGGCAGGCGAAGAGCAAAGCCUGGCGGCAUGGCUGAGGAAGAAAUUCGUCAGGGGGGAGGAGGACGAGGAGGAAGAGGAGAAGGAGGAGGGGAAUCGGCGGCCAUUGGCGGCACGCAGCCGGCCCCAGAGCCGGGCCGCGGGGCCCCUCAGGCAGCGCCCGCCCCGCUUCCCGCUCGCCGCGGGGGCUGAGAGAGGGAGGCGGGCGGCAGGCGGGCGGCAGGCGGGGCGCCCCUUCCCCGUGACCCCGCGGCUCCUCCCUUCUCCCCGCUCCUCAGGGCCGCCGAGUAACCUGGUUUUAACGUGGGCCCUCCUCCUUUUUUUUUUUUUUUUUUUUUUUUUUUCCCCCCCUUUUCUUUUCCUCCUCCCUUUCCCCCCCACCCUCUCCUCCAGCGUUAACCGCGGCUCGGGCUGCUCCCUCCCUCCCUUUCCCUCCCCUCGGAGCCGCCGAUCCGCCUCGCACGGAGACAUGUACCCGGGAGCCACCUCCGCCGGACCCGUGCUCGCGCCUCCUCCACCAAUGCCACCACCAAUACAGGGAUAUGCCUUCAAACCUCCUCCUCGCCCAGAUUUCGGUACUUCUGGGAGAACAAUCAAACUGCAGGCCAACUUCUUUGAAAUGGACAUUCCUAAAAUAGAUAUCUACCAUUAUGAGUUGGACAUAAAGCCAGAAAAAUGCCCUAGAAGAGUUAACAGGGAAAUAGUGGAGCAUAUGGUUCAGCACUUUAAAACACAGAUCUUUGGGGAUCGCAAGCCAGUGUUUGAUGGAAGAAAAAACCUUUACACAGCUAUGCCGCUUCCCAUUGGAAGAGAUAAACAGGUGGAGCUGGAGGUCACGCUGCCAGGAGAAGGCAAGGACAGGAUAUUUAAGGUGGCAAUCAAGUGGAUGUCCUGUGUGAGUUUGCAGGCUUUACACGAUGCUCUUUCUGGCCGGCUUCCGAGCGUCCCGUUUGAAACCAUCCAGGCUCUGGACGUGGUGAUGAGGCACUUGCCUUCCAUGAGAUAUACUCCUGUGGGGCGAUCUUUUUUUACAGCAUCAGAAGGGUGCUCAAAUCCAUUAGGCGGUGGCAGAGAGGUUUGGUUUGGGUUCCAUCAAUCAGUCAGACCUUCCUUAUGGAAAAUGAUGUUAAAUAUUGAUGUAUCUGCAACUGCAUUUUACAAAGCACAGCCAGUUAUUGAGUUUGUAUGUGAAGUUUUGGACUUCAAAAGUAUUGAAGAACAACAAAAACCUCUGACAGAUUCCCAAAGGGUAAAGUUUACCAAAGAAAUAAAAGGUCUGAAGGUGGAGAUAACACACUGUGGACAAAUGAAAAGAAAAUACAGAGUGUGCAACGUCACCAGACGACCAGCAAGUCACCAAACAUUCCCACUUCAGCAGGAGAAUGGACAAACAGUUGAAUGCACUGUAGCUCAGUAUUUUAAGGAUAGGCACAAAUUAGUUUUACGCUAUCCUCACCUCCCAUGUUUACAAGUUGGACAGGAGCAGAAGCACACGUACCUUCCUCUGGAGGUGUGCAACAUAGUGGCAGGACAAAGAUGCAUAAAAAAACUCACUGACAAUCAAACUUCCACUAUGAUUCGAGCAACUGCCAGAUCAGCACCUGACCGUCAGGAAGAGAUUAGCAAAUUGAUGCGGAGUGCAAGUUUCAAUACUGACCCUUAUGUUCGUGAAUUUGGGAUAAUGGUCAAGGAUGAAAUGACAGAUGUGACUGGUAGAGUCCUACAGCCUCCCUCAAUCCUCUAUGGAGGCAGGAACAAAGCAAUUGCUACCCCAGUUCAAGGAGUUUGGGACAUGAGGAAUAAACAGUUCCACACUGGAAUUGAAAUAAAGGUUUGGGCAAUUGCUUGCUUUGCUCCCCAGCGCCAAUGCACUGAAGUUCAUCUUAAGUCCUUUACGGAACAACUGAGGAAGAUUUCCAGAGAUGCAGGAAUGCCAAUCCAAGGGCAGCCGUGCUUCUGUAAAUAUGCCCAGGGAGCCGACAGCGUGGAGCCCAUGUUCAGACAUCUCAAGAACACUUACACCGGCCUGCAGCUUGUUGUAGUGAUUUUGCCAGGAAAAACGCCCGUCUAUGCGGAGGUGAAGCGUGUUGGUGACACCGUGCUGGGAAUGGCAACGCAGUGUGUUCAGAUGAAAAACGUGCAGAGAACAACACCACAAACUCUGUCGAACCUUUGCUUAAAAAUAAACGUCAAAUUAGGAGGUGUAAAUAAUAUUUUACUGCCACAGGGAAGACCGCCAGUAUUUCAACAGCCUGUCAUAUUCCUUGGUGCAGAUGUAACUCAUCCUCCAGCUGGAGAUGGGAAGAAGCCUUCCAUUGCUGCAGUUGUAGGAAGCAUGGAUGCUCAUCCUAAUCGAUACUGUGCCACUGUUCGGGUCCAGCAGCACCGCCAAGAAAUCAUCCAAGAUUUGGCUGCCAUGGUCAGGGAGUUGCUUAUCCAGUUCUACAAAUCAACCAGAUUUAAACCAACUCGUAUAAUUUUCUACAGAGAUGGCGUUUCCGAGGGACAGUUUCAACAGGUUCUCCAUCAUGAAUUGCUGGCUAUCAGAGAAGCAUGCAUUAAACUAGAAAAGGAUUACCAGCCUGGAAUUACAUUCAUAGUUGUGCAGAAAAGGCAUCACACCAGACUCUUCUGUACGGAUAAAAACGAACGGGUUGGAAAAAGUGGAAACAUUCCAGCUGGCACCACAGUGGACACAAAAAUCACGCAUCCAUCAGAGUUUGACUUUUACCUGUGUAGUCAUGCUGGUAUUCAGGGAACGAGCAGACCUUCUCAUUACCACGUCCUCUGGGAUGACAAUCGCUUCUCUUCGGACGAACUGCAGAUUCUCACCUACCAGUUGUGUCAUACGUACGUACGCUGUACUCGUUCGGUUUCCAUCCCUGCGCCUGCGUAUUACGCGCACCUGGUUGCCUUCCGAGCCAGGUACCAUCUGGUGGAUAAAGAACACGAUAGUGCCGAAGGCAGCCACACUUCGGGUCAGAGUAAUGGCAGAGAUCAUCAAGCACUUGCUAAAGCAGUUCAAGUUCAUCAGGACACGUUGCGCACUAUGUACUUUGCUUGACAUGUUUUAAUGUUUAGCGACUCAGUACAAUAGAGAGUUGGAUUCACAUGAGACCAGCUGCACUUAGACCAACAGUUGCCCAAGCUACAGUGACAGCCAGCAAUGAGGGACGCAUCUUAAUUUCUUUCCCAUUUGCAAGAAAGCCUUCCGUCCAGAAUUUCAGACUUGAUUGUGAACUGCAUUCUUGUACAAAACCCCACGAUUGUUGGAAAUGUGGUUUGCCAAAAUCUCUAAGCUGUCUGUUAUAAAACAGACCCAUAUUUUAUAAUUGAAUCAAGAGCUGCGAUCUCAGGGCUUAGGGAAAAACAAAACAAAAAACAAAAACACAAACCUCUUCAUUCAGUUUGCUAUUCAUUUAACUGCUUUUAAUAAUUUGGAGAGAUCUAAUUCAUACUAAAGUUGGUGGGCAAAAAUGCUGUGAAUUAGCUUUUAAUACAAAGGAAAAGCAAAGCGUUUUUUGGCUCUUUAUGAAGCCUUGAUUAUUCUAGAUGCAUUUACAAAUUUUUUAUUUUCAAAAGAGUGACAAAAUUCUGGUUUUCAACUGUCUUACAAAGAUUGUUCUCUCUGUGUCUAAGGGCAAAUGUAUUUUCUGAAGCUUGUUCUUGAAUGUUUUUUAUUGUGCUGCAUUUAAAAAUGUUUUUCAUAGACUAAAGAAGAAUUUAAAAAAAAAAAAAAAAAAAAGGAAC